AUGGGCCCUCCGGCAGCUGCCGCCCCAGGGGCCCUGGGGCUGGGCAGCCCGUUGCCCACCACGGCUGUCCUCCUCCUCCUCCUCUUCCUCCUGGCCAAAGGGGGGCCCAGCGCAGAGGGUUGUCUCAACUGUGGGCAGCAGUUCAAAAACCUUAGGAUGCGCUUUGCCCAGCUCUGUGCCCGCUACCGAGAGCACUUCCACCGGGAGAACUGCUCCAACUACCCCUGGGGGGGAGAGGCUGUUCGGGACUUCGCCUUAGAUGAGGCUGCCCUGGACCUGCUCCUGGAAAAGGCCCACCGGGUCCUCCGAGUGAUUGAAAUAAAGCAAAGCUUUGCCGAUGUUCCCAAGUUUUGGAAGUGGCUUCACAGCGCUAAGAUUCCAGCGGAGACCCAAGAAGCUCUGUGUCCUCCUGCUUGUCAGGUCGUGGCCUCCCUGUUCAAUUGCUCCACCUGCCGCAGGGUGGAGAUCCCCUGUUGGGACCUCAAAACCUGCUACCCAGGUGAGUGGGACCUCAAAACCUGCUACCCAGCUGCCCUCCUCUGCCCCACAGAGUACCCAGGCUUGCCAAAGGUCAUCCAGCUGCUCCUCUGCAUCUCCGGCGCCUGCUUCUUCAUGGGCCUGGUCUCCUGCGCACUGGAAUUUUGGCUCCGUCCGGGCCUUGGAACCAAGUAG